AUGGACAAAAUUCUCCGUCCGCAUGCUGCAUAUGCUGCGGCCUAUCUGGAUGACAUUAUCAUCUAUAGCAAUGACUGGCAGCAUCAUAUGCAGCACUUGCGGGCUGUCCUGAGUUCGCUGAGAGGGGCUGGACUAACGGCCAACCCGAAGAAGUGUCCGGUUGGGCCUGUUUAUCCCGAGGUUUACCGCAGUCCGCCGUAUCCAGAUCCACCUGCGCCUGGACGCAACGACAACACAGUCCUGAAAUACGGACGCAUCGGACAGGGGGCUUGGAGCGGUCCUGUCCCAGAAGAUAGAGGUAAUUGGUGUGGAGAGACCGGAUAUAAGCCGCUCUGGAAAGAGAACGGAAGAGAGAGAAGGACUGAGGACUCGUACAAUAUCGCUGGGGAAAGAGAUGAAGAGAGUCCCUCGUCCCUGACUGACAUUAGUUUGGCCUGGCUGUGUCACAACGUGGAAGUGCUUUGUGUUGAACAAGACAAUGGAUCGCUGCAGCUCCGCCACUGUCCUUUAUUUCCUCAAGAGUUGGCUGAUCAGCUGCUGCACACGAUGGCUCAUGAGGGGGUCCUCAACGACAGAACCGUCGGCAUUUUCCAGAACCUGGAGCACCUGCGUCUGCGGCGAGCGCACAUCCAGUCCUCGCACCUCUCGGCCGAGGCCUUCAGACGGGCUCUCUGCCCUCACAAGCUUCAAGAACUGAAUGCUUCACAUAUACACAGUGACCUCACAAUCUCAGAUAUUCUCCACAGCAUUUCCUCCAGCAAAGCGUGCAGACAGGGCCUUCAGACACUGCUGAUGAAUGGCCUGCAUCUGUAUGGGGAAGCAGGUGAGGAGUCCCUGCAGGCCUCCUUCAGCACGCUGCGGGGCUUAAAGAAGCUCUCUCUGGCCUGGACGGACCUGGAGGACAGAGGUCUGGAGGAUAUCUGCACAAUGCCCAUGCUGGAGAGCUUGGAUAUCUCUGGUACUAACAUCACAGAUCUAAGACCUCUGUUGAACUGUGAGUCUCGGCUAAGGUCUCUAACUACGCAUGGGCUUCAGAAGUUAGAGAUGCCGACCUCCAGCCUCAUCUUAGUGCUCUCCAAGCUGCAGUUGCUGAGGCACCUGGACAUCUCUAAUGACAAGCUGGUAAUGGAUGGAGACAACUUAGUGCAGCAACUGCUCGAGCGCCCAGGGAUCCUUCUGCAUCUUGUGUCCCUGGAUGUGUCGGGCUGGAGAGGUGUAAGCGAUGCUACCGUCCAAGCCUUUGUGGAGGUGCGGCCUGGGAUGAGGUUCAUUGGGCUGCUGGCCACGGGUGCAGGUGGCUCUGAGCUGCUGUGUGGAGAUGGACACCUGAAGGUGGCUGGAGAGUCCAAUUUGACCCAACUGUGUGAAGCCUUGAGGAGAUACAGCGACCGAGAGAGUUUCAUGCGGGAGGUUCUUACACAUCUUUACAGUCACACCAACAACAUGGAAGGACCUCAGCCAAACAUAUUAAAGCUGGUAUUGGCUGGAAUGCAACACCACACCGAUUCUCUCCAUGUUCAGCUUGUGGCCACUGCAUGCGUGUUUAACCUGACCGUACAGGAGCUGGUGCUGGGAAUGUCCUUACACCUGGCGGGAACUGUAGUUCAACAGCUUCUCACAGCCAUGAAGAACUUCCCAAACCACGAGCAGUUGCAGAAGAAUUGCCUGCUUACCCUUUGCAGUGACCAUAUCUUACAGGUUGUCCCAUUUGACAGAUACGAAGCUGCUAAGCUGAUAAUGAUGUUGCUGGGGAAUCACGGAGAUCAGACGGUGCAAAGAAUGGCGGUGGCUGUAGUCUCCAUACUGGUGUCUAAGUUGAGUACAGAGGAGAUCUCAGAACUGGGUGCAGAGGCAUUUAUAAUGAAGCAGUUGCUGAGCAUCGUUCAACAGAAGGCCUCACUGGGUGUAGUGGAUUCAACUCUGAAGUUUGCAUUAAGUGCUUUGUGGAACUUGACAGAUGAGACACCCACUGCUUGUCGCCAUUUCAUUCAGUGCCAAGGACUGGAACUCUACAUGGAAUUGCUAGAGUCGUAUUAUUCCGAGUUCUCCAUCCAGCAGAAGCUCCUGGGCCUUUUGAAUAAUAUAGCAGAGGUGGAGGAGCUGCGGACGGAGCUGAUGGAUGAGGACCUGGUGGAGCACAUUCUCUCACUCUUAAUCAACCCAGAGAUGGAGGUGGAUGUCCGUUACUUUGCUGGAGGGAUCCUGGCACAUCUCACCUCAGUCAGGGGGCCUGAGUGGGGUCUGGAUGCUGAGCUGCACUGCACAGUGCAGGAGAAACUGCACUCCUCUAUCCUAUCAUGGAGUUCUCCUGACCAUGCAAUGGUUUCCUACCGGACGCUCCAGCCCUUCUACCCUUUGCUACACAUCUCUCAGUGUUCUGGUGUUCAGCUGUGGGCUCUCUGGGCCAUUCAAUUUGUCUGCUCUCAGAACGCCCCUCAGUACUGCAGUAUGCUCCAGACGGAGGGAGGAACAGACCUACUGAGAGUCCUGAGCACCCAUCCAGACACCCACAGUGACGUGAAGUGUCUGGUAGAAAACAUCCUUAAGAUCCUGGAGCGAAACCUUCAUUCCGCCAGCCCAGGUUCAAAAUGUGCUAACAUCUCUCUGCAAUGAACAUGUUCUGUUAAUGUUGUCAUUACUUGUGAUUUAAUCAUUUUAGGAAUAACUCUUUAAAUGUCUGUAUUGUCAGAAUUUAAAACACUCAUGUUAAUAC